AUGCCCACCGAAGACUCUGUUUCUGGUCUUGGCGGUACCUUAUGCGUCGUGUUCCGACACGGCGGCGCCAAUUCCUUGACCAGUAUUCAACUGCGCCCAGAUGUUCCCGUCCACGAAAUGACCAACAUCCUUCUCGGCGAAUAUCAAGGUCUUCCGAACGCCGUGCCACGCCACAUCACUAGCCAGGUCUCCGAGGUCGCGACUCCGGAGGAGUCAGUCGAUCUCGAGGCCCAGCCUGUUCAGGGUCAGCAAGCCGCCAUCACCAGUCAGGAUCCCGUGCGCCCGUUGGAUCCGCCCCUCCUCAGCAACAAUAACUCUUUCACCCCGGAAGCUCACAGCUCGGGGGCGGCCCGCCAGUUGCCCGCAGACGGCGAUAUUGGCUCCAGCAGGGAACUGACCAUCCGCUCCAGGCCUACCGUGAAGCGGAUAGCGGUUCUCAUUGUUGCAGCUCUGUCCCUGGUGGUAGUGCCAGGCCUCGUCCUCGGGGUCGCGACGAAGCAGAUACCGUGGGGUAUCGCACUCUCGGGUGCUAUCGCUACCGUGUGA